AUGCCGGUCUCUAAGCGUCGCACGACGACGGGGCACACUGGCCUUGACAUGGCCAUUCAGAUCACGAGCAUGUCCGCGACCCUCUCACAACUGAUCCCAAUCCCUGCCCUCAGCAUCGCCACGUCCACGGUCCUCGCUAUCAUUGACGUCGUCGCGGAAGUCAAGACAAAUAAGACAGAGUGCGCAAGACUAGCGUGGAGAGCGUCACAAAUGCUCCUCCAACUCGCCCGACAGAUGGAGGGAAAGUGGGACACAGCUCCGUCCGCGCUCGUGGGCAAUAUACAAGACUUCGAGCAAACAUUGACCGUCAUCCGCGAGUUCAUGGCGACUGCGAGCGAUGCUUCGUGGCUCAAACGUUUGGUGGGCAAGUCAACAAUCGAGGAUAACAUGCGCGACAUGAACAUCAGGCUCGACGCAGCCGCCCAAUCUUUCCAGAUUGCCUCUCUCAUCGAGAUUCACCAUGCACUUGGCGGUGCUGUGGAGAGCUCUUCCUCAUUUGCGGCAUCAGUUGCGACCCCUCCAUCUAUGCCUUUGCCUGAACCGGCCAUCUCGUCGUCGCUAGUCAUCGUGGAGAAAGAAGGAGAUAAGUCGAAAUCGCUAGAAGAUGCUAUAUGCGUGAAUGUUCGUUCUCGAGCGGACGUAGAGGUGGUCGAAUUCUUGGAGGGCAUCAACGGCUCCAAGGACAAGCACGGUUUCAGCAUAUACCAUCAGCAAGAUGUUCGCAUAGGACGUGCUCAUCGACGCGGAGUCGGCUGGUUCUCCGAAACGGCCGAUGCUCAAGUGAAUGGCCAAGAGAUCACUGUUAAGCGUUAUGGCGCGAGCAAACAGGACGUACAUCGCUGGGUCCAGGACAUCAAGCUACUACGUCAGCUAUUCCACGCGAAUAUCCCACAAUUGGUCGGCUACUCAGAUGGGCAGACUUCCGUCCCGUUCAUACUGCUUUCCACCGGAGCCACGAAAGACGUCGGUUUAUAUGCGCAGAAUCUACUCAAGAACGAGAGCCUAGCGAGAUGCGCAACUGCGUUCUUGGACAUCUAUCGGGAUAUCCUCUCCGCAGCGCUACACGUCCAACAACAGCUGUCCAUCACAGACGAGGCCCUUCAAGACUUCGUUGAGGGAGCGACAUACACCGUCGACAACGACAACAAAGUUCUAAUGGGACUCGCGCCGCCCAAAGACGGCUGGCACACCUUCCGCAGCUACAACCUCUGCGAAUCUCUCGUCGAUCGCGCUCUGAAGUACCUCAAGAACCUCAGCGCGAUGGAGCAGUCAAGUACGGCUGGCAGCCUCGCGCGCACGGCGACCAUCGGCCGGACGAGGCAGCUGAUGGCGCUUCUCGAGGCGCUUCUCCCAAGUCGCGCGGACGCACCUCAGCUUUCUCAGGAUCUGGAAGACUUGUUGGAUGAUGGCGAUGCGGAGCUCGGCGAUCUUCGUCGUCUUGCGCUUGCGUCUGGCCGACACGAGCACUCGUGGUGCGAGCGUUGCCCGGCCGGUGCGGCGGCACUCGGCGACUACGGUGUAUUGGCGGACGAUGGCAAGAGUUUUGAGAGCUUCCACGUUUUUGGCAACAUCUUUGAGGAUGGAAGCGGUCACGUACUUCAGCGGGUCAAGGAGGUUGACGGCGAGGUUGUGCGUUGGGAGAGCGGCCGACCGCAUAGAGAACAAGCGAGACCUUACCUACUUCCCGACGAACUUGAAGGAUGGCCUAUUGCGUUGAUGCCACAAGGAAAGGCGACUGUGUUUACUUCCAGACGUGAGAAUCUUACGUGCGGGAGCGAGGCGUGGAGAUACUUCUUGAAACAUGCCCCCGCUAUCGCGCAGAGGCACGGCGUUGCUGUGCACUCGAUACUCCUCAUUACUCGGACACGCAGCGUCAAUGACUUCCAGGUCACUGAUUGGUCUGCGCCACCAUUACCACGCCCGGGUAUGUCCAACGCGAUCGUGCAUCACCACUCUCCCCAAGCACCUUACUUCGGUGCUCGUACCACUCACGGAUUCGGGCACCAAUUCGGCACUCCUAUACCGACGCCGAAUAUCGUGUACCUCUUCACGUCCGGCAAACAAGACGCUGUGCCGUAUCUGACCGAUGACCCGAUGGGGCGGCCACGUCCGCAACCGACACGGUCUACCAGCUGGUGUUUCAGCUGCUCUUCGGGAUGGCUGGUACACUAUGUAAACUAUAUACAGCUAGACCCGGAAGACCUAGUGUUGUAG